AUAUGUAUACUACUUGUACCUAUGUAUGUACACUAUUGGAGGUAGGUGAAUAAACCAGUUAGUUGAAGCUCAGCCACCGUGUUUUAUUGACACCUUUACAUGGCGCAGCCGGUAAUAAAACCUGUGAUAGCAAAAAUAUCGAUAGUGCUCAGAAUACAAAUAAUUAAAAACAUUUGACUAAGUGAUCGUGAUUAAAAAUAAAAUAAAUUGUGUCUAAAACCACGCUUGUAAAUAUUAGCCGAGGUACGCGUGUGUAAAAAUGGAGGCAAUACUUAAGCCGCCAUCUGCGUUCCAAUUUGACAAUAACUUAUCUAGUGUUACAUCGGGAAAUUUAUCAAAGUCAUGGGAAGAUUGGAAGAAAUCAUUUAAUGUGUAUUUUGAAGCGUGUGAGCUAAAUAAAAAGGACCCGAAUGUUCAAAUAAACAUUCUCUUACACGUGAUCGGUGCAAAAUGCAGAGAGGUAUACGAUCAAAAGCCCUCAAAGUGUUCGACUUUAAAACAAGCGCUCGAAAUAUUCGACAAUUUCUUUCUACCUAAAAAGAAUGUAACGGUUGAGCGACAUAAAUUUUUUACAAGAGACCAGUUAAAUUCGGAAUCUAUUGAGCAAUACGUUUACGAAUUAAACAAGAUGGCGUCAAAUUGCGAAUUUAAAGAUUUGUCAAGUGAGUUAGUAAAAGAUCGACUUAUUUGUGGAAUCAAAGAUGGCGGAUUACGUGAACGGUUACUCAGAGAGCCUGAUUUAACACAGGCUAAAGCCCUCGACAUAUGUCGAUUGGCAGAACUGUCGAAGGCACAAGCAGGAAAUAUAAAAAAUGAAUCUGCAAAUCAUCAAAUACACGAAGUGUGUCAGCAUCAUGGUGAAAGCUUGGAGCCAGAAGGAGACGAGUCGGUGUACUGGGUGCAGAAUACGCGCUGCAGCUGUGGAGCGGGAGCGCGGCCGGGAGCGCCGCCUCGCGCCGCCGCCCCUGCACGAGGACCGCAGGGGGCGCGCCGGCGCGGGCGAGGGCGAGGCCGGGGUCGCGGGAGACGACCUGCCGCCUUCGCCACCCCCCAGCCAGCCGGGACGGGCUGGUCGGCCCCUGGAGGCCAGACCGCCGUCCCGCAGACAUCUUCGCGUCUAGUGAAUAAAGUGUGUGAAAAAUGUGGUACAAACCACGAGUAUUACAAGUGCCCAGCAUAUGGGGUAGUGUGCAAUAAUUGCAAUCGCCAUAAUCACUUUGCAAAAAUGUGUAAAGUAUAUCACGUUGAAGGAUCUUCUGAUCAGGUAAAUAACCAAGUUUCCUCAAAAAUUGAUUGGUCUACAAAUCUAAACAUAAAUGGUACCUGUAUUAACUUUAAACUGGAUACAGGGGCUGAUGUUAACAUUUUGCCUAAAAGUUAUCUUACACAGAUUAAUUUAACAGAAGCUGAUCUUAUUAGUACAUCAAUAAAAUUAAGUGGAUACUCAGGGCACAAAAUAAAUACAGUAGGUAAAUGUAAUUUAAAAGUGGAGUAUAAAGGUAAUCAAUAUAUACUAAAGUUCAUUGUGGCAGAUGUUACAUCAUCACCCAUUAUAGGAAAAAAUGCAUGUCAGGAGUUAAAUUUAAUAAAAUUGGUCAUGUCAGUGAAUGAAAAUGAAUAUGAAAAAACUAUUUUUCAUGAGUAUGCGGAUGUAUUUGAAGGAAUAGGUUGUCUUCCGGGUUGUUACAAAAUUCAAUUAAAAGAUAAUGCAAAACCGGUAAUCCACGCUACAAGAAAACUACCGAUUGCUCUAAAAGAAAAGGUUAAGUUAAAACUUGACGAAAUGGUCAGUCUAGGUAUAAUAUCUAAGGUGGAGGGACCUACUGACUGGGUCAAUAGCAUGACUAUUGCAAAGAAACCAAAUGGAGAUCUUAGAAUUUGCCUUGAUCCGCAAGAUUUAAAUAAAGAAAUAAAAAGAGAACACUACAAACUACCAACUUUAGAUGAAAUUGCAGCAGAUCUGUCUGGAACUUGCAUGUACAGUACGCUAGAUGCCCGGCAAGGAUUUUAUCAACUUAAAUUACAUGACGACAGUACCGAUCUAUGCACAUUUAACACUGCUUUUGGUAGGUAUAAGUUUUUACGUUUACCAUACGGUAUAACUUCCGCCUCAGAAGUUUUUCAUAAAAAACUCUUCGAAUGCUUAGAUGGGAUUGAGGGAACUUGUCAGUUUAUUGAUGAUAUACUUGUAUAUGGCAGGUCAAAAGAAGAGCAUGAUGCGAGAUUACGUAAAGUACUAGACAGGUGUAGGGAAAUAAACAUUAAACUUAAUAAACAAAAGUGUAAAGUAGGCCUAAAAGAAAUUAAAUACUUAGGUCAUAAAAUAAGUAAGAACGGAAUUUCCCCUGAUGACACACACACCUCAGCUAUUCGAAAUAUGCCAGAGCCCAGAAAUACAAAAGACCUAGAAAGGUUUUUAGGGCUUGUACAAUACGUAGGUAAUUUUAUUCCUAAUUUGUCGGAUAAAACACAUCUAUUAAGAGCGCUACUAAAAAAAGAUACUGAAUGGCAAUGGUCAGAAAACCAUAGGAAGUGUUUUGAUCAGAUAAAACAAUCCUUAUCUAAGCCCCCUGUACUCAAAUACUACAGUCUGGAUAUACCUAUAACGUUGUCUGUAGACGCGAGUAAAAACGGCCUAGGUGCCUGUCUAUUACAGGACGGUCUUCCAGUCUGUUAUGCUUCAAAAUCCUUGAAUAAAACCGAGCAAGCGUAUGCACAAAUAGAAAAAGAGCUUUAUGCUUGUGUUUUUGCAUGUGAAAGAUUUUAUUCAUACUUAUUUGGCCGCACUGAUAUAACUAUUGAGACUGACCAUAAACCUCUGGUUAGCAUAAUAAAAAAACCAAUAGCGAAUGCGCCGGCUAGGUUACAAAGAAUGCUAAUGAGGCUUCAACCCUAUACAUUUACCCUUGUGUAUAAGCCCGGCAGGUACUUAUACGUAGCGGAUGCACUUUCUCGUGCUUGUGAGACUCAACAAAGUAACGUACAAGGCGAAUCACGUGAUAACUUAGACAUUCAAGCGCAAGUAUGUUCGGUGUCUGUAGCUUAUCCUCUGACAGAUACUCAUUUUAUAACAAUUCAAAAAUGCACGAGCAGUGACAGUGAACUACAGUUAUUAAUUAAAACAAUACAAAAGGGAUGGCCGACGCAUAAAAAAGAGGUCGAUAUAAAACUUAGAUGUUAUUGGGAUGUAAGAGAUGAACUAACGGUACAGUAUGGUCUAGUCUGGCGAGGUUCACGGAUAGUUAUACCUAAGUGUCUACGCAGCGAAAUGCUACAAAAAAUACAUAUCGGUCACUUAGGUAUUGAUAAAUGUAAGCUUAGGGCUCGCGAAAUCAUGUACUGGCCAAAUAUGAACUCUCAGUUAGCAGAUCUGAUAUCACAUUGUCAAGCAUGCAUCACAUACAAAAGGUGUAAUAGUAAAGAAACAUUAUUACAACAUAGUACGCCUAACAGAGCAUGGUCUAAAAUAGCUAUGGAUAUGUUUCACUUCCAAGGACAAAAGUACCUAUUAAUUGUAGAUUAUUACAGCAAAUUCAUUCAAGUAAUAAAAAUGAAAACAAUUACAUCAGAUCGUGUCGUAAAACAAUUAAAAUCCGUGUUCAGUACCCAAGGGAUUCCGGAUAUAGUCAUAAGCGAUAACGGACCGGAAUUUAGUAGCGAAAUAUUUAAAAAGUUUACAAUUGAAUGGAAAUUUCAGCACAUUACGUCAUCUCCGAUUUAUCCGCAGUCAAACGGGCUGGCCGAAAGAGCGGUGCAGACAGUUAAAAACAUUAUGAAAAAAACAAGUUAUAAUAACGGUGAUUUUCGAUUAGCAUUACUUGAGUACCUAAACACUCCUAUUGAUAACGAACUGGCCUCUCCGGCGGAAUUGUUGAACAGUCGUAAGUUUCGGAGUAUUGUUCCUUGUCCACCAAACUUAUUACAACCUAAAAUUCAAAAAAAUGUUGUAACCCAGCUUGAACGUAGAAAAUACACACAGAAAACAUACUACGAUAGAAAUGCAAAAGAUUUAUCACAGUUAAAACUAGGUCAAAAAGUUAAAGCUAGAUUAAAUAAUGAAUGGAAAAACGGAAUUAUUACUAAAUUAGAAGGACCACGGUCUUACUCGAUACUAAUAGAUAAUGAAAAUGUGAUUAUCCGUAAUCGACGUCACAUAAUACCCGACUCGGAACGUCGAACAUCAAAUCAAAAUAAUUACUCCAAGUUAGCAUACGACGACAUACGAGUAACGAGUGAUCAGCCGGGUUCAAGGUCACCCGCCGCCCGCGCGCCGCACAGCCCCUGCAUCCAGUCAGCUGUUCAUGUUGAUAACAAUGUACCUGUUCCUAAUCAAUAUGUAACUCGUUACGGCAGGACAGUGAGACAGCCUGAUAGGUGGGGAUGGUGACGCCCUGUACUGAAUCACGGAAGAAAUUACGUGUUAACUAUCUUAGAUUAACAAUAUCCAUCUAGGUACUUUGUGUUAAAGUAGGUAUCGUUGUGUUAUAUAAAGAAUAUAUUUAAUUUAGUUCAUAGAUAUUAUUAUAGUUACAACGAGGUAAACAAUUGUAUAAGUACCUAGUAUUUUUUUUUUAACAUAAAUGUUUAUUUCUAGUUUAGUAUAUGGUGCACAGCAGCACACCUAUUUACAUUAUAUUAUAAUCAAUUAUACCUACGAGUUUACACUGUAUUUGUUUUCAACUAUUUAAAGCCAACCACCUAUAAUGUCUGUUACUAUUGGCACUAUUGGUUAGUAUUGGCCUUAUACAUAUACGUACUUACCAUAUACCUACCUAACUAGCUAAUAAAUGAUUGUUGAUUAUAAGUACUUUGUGUAAUUAAGUUCCUACCAUUGCAAGAAAACCGUUAAUUGUUGAUAACUUCAUAAUUCUUUACCGAUGUUUAAG